UAUUCAUCAUUAUUCAUCCACCUUCGGCCAUGGACGGAGAUGGAAAGUGGCCUCCCAAGUCCAAUGAACCGAAGGAGCGCAGCAAACGAAACCCGUCCUCGGGAAGUAGAUCCAGGAGAAGACGAGGCCGCGGUGCUGCCUCCCGUUGAAAGCAGCCGGAAGAGAAAGCGAAAGAAGGCCAAUGUCCUUCCUCCAGAUGACGAACAAGAGGUUGCUCUUAAUACCUGGCUGACAAAUGGAAGGAGACUGGGCGUGCAGUGGAGUAGCCUCAGCCAGGCAGACUUUCAGAAGAUCUCUGGGCUGAAGAAAGGCGAUGCCAUGUAUCAGGACUGGGCUUGCACGUCGGACACUGAUGACACAGAUUCAUCAGACCAAGAGAGCCAGGUCGGCCUCCCGUCGUCGCAGCCAUUACCAGCAGUGAGGGCAAAGGCAAAGGCGAAGGCCAAGACCAAGGUCAAGGCCAAGAAGGCCAAGAAGGCCAAGAAGGCCAAGAAGGCCAAGAAGGCCAAGAAGGCCAAGAAGGCCAAGAAGGCGAAGGCCAAGAAGGUUGAACUGAAUCCCAACGAGCUCAAGCACAUGUUCAAAAAAACCUUUGAGACGGAAGAUUUCAACUUCUUGAUUUGCACCUUCGCGAUAUACCGGGAAUGCCUUCGAUGUGAGAAAAAGAAAAAUGCUUCCUGUGGCCUUCCAGAACCUGAAAAUGUCUUGCAGCAGUUCCAAGAUGUUAUCAAAGACGUGGAGGAGAGCGCCAAAAUGCGCCUGCUGCAGAUGGUGAAUCUGAAGUUCCGGCCCAAGGGGAAAAAACAUCAGGUCUCGUUCUGCGAGCUCAUGAGGGGCGGACACUUCACCAAUGUGUUUCAUUACCAUGAUACUCACAACACACAACUACGCAAAGUGUCCUCAUACAUCUCAGCCGCGGACUUUUUAGUGAUCACUGUCCUCUGUUAUUUCACAGGUGACAGAGACUUUGUCGACUGUGUAGUUCAACACUGCAACUCCUUGGUGGAGAACGGAAACUACACUGCAGACAUGAUCGUCCAAAGUCCAGAAAACUUUGCAAGAGCCAGGGUCAAAGCCCACAUCCAGCACAUGUCCUACACGGACCGGCGCUUCGUGAGCCUCUUUCAUCGCCGGUUUCGGCCGGCGAUGCUGUGGGACAAUCAAUGGCGUGGCAUCGUGCUGGAUGGAUUUUCGGAUGAGUCCAAGCGAGAUGAGGUCCCAAAGACCUUGCUGGACUUCUCCAUGGCAAGGUUGAAGGAAUUUUUCCUUCCCAUUGCCAACUGCGCCUCAAACAUUGCAGCGCAGAAAGAGUACAGCGGGAUCUUUUUGGCCAUCGAAAAGGCCUCGAAGAAAACCGAUGCUGUAACCUUUCAUGCCAAGAACAUGGCCAACACUCUCGAGAGCCGGUACCUGGAUUGCAAGUGGCAUGCUGCACCGGAAUCUGCACACAACGGCCUGGGACCAGGAUUCCGGCACAUGAGUCACAUUAAGGCCGGUCAUGGCAAGUGCACAGGCAAAAUGACCAGGGAAGCAAUGGAAGAGUGCCUCAAUGAGACGACGCAACACUUGCGGAAUCUCUGGCCCUUUGGCUCCCAGGUCCGAAAGCGGCAUGUACAGAGUCUUUACUGUGAGACGCAAAAAUUUCUCAAGAUGGCCCGGCAGGGCUCUGCAUUUGCGACAAUUUGUCGUGUGCAGAAAGGGAUUACAUGGGAGUCGCUGCAUCGAACCCAUGAGCAGCGAGAAAGGAGACAGAAGUCUCAAGGCUCCAAACGGAAGCCGAAGCCACGGACGCUGAAACGUCGCUGCCGAAAGGGCCGUGGCCAGUAGUUGGAGUAGUUGGAGUAGUUGGAGUAGUUGG